AUGGCCCUGCAGAAGUGCCGCAACGACAACUGGCGCUUGCCGGACAAUCGAGCCAAGUCUCAAGCCGCGUCGGAGGCUGCCGCCGCCGCCGAUCGCCAGAAGCAGCUCCGCCGAUUCGGGUCCAAGCCAAUGCCGGCCCCAAGAUCCGCCACCAUGCAAAUUGACUCGCCGCCUCCCGCCGCCGCCGUUCAAGUAUCUGCCCCGCCUCCCCCUCCCGCCCCCGCCGUGCAAGUUUCUGCCCCACCGCCUCUCACCGCUCCCGUGCAAGUACCCGCCGCGCAUCCUCCCGCCGCCGUGCAAUUUUCAAUCUCGCCACCUCCCGUCGCCGAGCAUAUAUCGAUCUCGCCUCCUCCCGCCGCCAUGCAAUUUUCAAUCUCGCCACCUCCCGUCGCCGAGCAUAUAUCGAUCUCACCUCCUCCCACCGCCGAGCAUAUAUCGAUCUCGCCUCCUCCCACCGCCGAGCAUAUAUCGAUCUCGCCUCCUCCCACCGCCGUGCAUUUAUCCGCCCUGCCUACUCGCGCCGCCGUUCAAUUGCAAUCUGCCCUGCCUCGCCCCGCCGUCUUGCACUCCGCCUUUCCUAGUCCCGCCAUCGUGCAAAUGCAAUCCCGCUUCCCUAGUCGCACCUUCGUGCUAUCCGGCGAGCCUCGUCCCGCCGUGAUGGGAAGGUCGCCGGCACAGUAUUCCGCCCUCCACAGAGCAUUCUUUUUCCCGGCCUCCCAAACUGAGUUCCGCCGCAGGCACGGAUCAGGCCCCUUCUCGGCCCCCAUUCCGCCGCCCGUUGAUCUCAAUUCCCGACCUCAAGAGUACGAUUUCCUCAACAAUUUCCCCGACGACAACCGCCGUGCUGGUCGGAACCCUAAUAUCGACGAGGAUGGAUCCGGAACCCAAGCUGGCUCUUUUGCAGGACCUUCAAAUUAG